GAAGAGCAUCAGGAACAGACACAUGAAAACGUGAAUGUGCUUUAUCAACGGACAGACGUGUUUUUGCUACAGAAGCUUAAGAACCCGCAACUCCCUCUAGUUUGGGACGUGGUAUGUGAUAACACUACAGCGAUAGAGAGAAAGCAUCAUGAAGGUGACAAUCCUGCUCAUCUGCUCCUGCCUGGCCUGGGAAGGCCUGGGGAAGCCACAGUUUCCUGACCAAGAGAAAGAUCCCCUGUUCUGGAACACAUGGGCUCAGCGUACUUUGAAGAAUGCCCUCACACUUCAGAAGCUCAAUCAAAACACUGCAAAGAACCUCAUCCUCUUCCUUGGUGAUGGAAUGGGCAUUCCCACAGUGACGGCAGCACGAAUACUGAAGGGGCAGCUGAGCAGACAGAGUGGGGAAGAGACCCAACUGGAGAUGGACAAUUUCCCCUUUGUUGCGCUUUCCAAGACAUAUAACACCAAUGCCCAGGUUGCAGACAGUGCGGGUUCAGCCACAGCAUUCCUCUGUGGGGUGAAAGCCAACGAGGGCACGGUGGGUGUGAGUGCAGCUGCCGUCCGCUCUCAGUGCAACACCACACAGGGCAACGAGGUCACCUCCAUCCUCAGAUGGGCCAAGGAAGCCGGCAAGUCAGUGGGAAUAGUCACGACAACGCGUGUGAACCAUGCCACCCCCAGUGCAGCCUAUGCCCACUGUGUGGACAGGGAGUGGUACUCCGAUGGAGAGAUGCCCGCUGAGGCAGUACAGGCGGGCUGCAAGGACAUCGCCAGGCAGCUCUUUGAGAACAUUCCCAACAUCGAUGUGAUUAUGGGAGGAGGGAGGAAGUACAUGUUCCCCAAAAACCAGUCAGAUGUGGAGUAUCCUGGAGAGAAGAAACACUUUGGUACCCGCAUCGAUAGAAGGAACUUGGUGGAGGAGUGGAAUAACAGAAUGAAAAACAAGAACGCCAACUAUGUAUGGAACAAGAAGGAACUUUUAUCGCUAAAUCCUAAUAGUGUGGAUUACCUUUUGGGUCUGUUUGAGCCUGGAGAUCUUCCCUAUGACCUGGAGAGAAACAAUGAGACAGAUCCUUCACUGACAGAGAUGGUGGAGGUGGCCAUUAAGAUCCUGAAGAAAAACCCCAGCGGAUUCUACCUGCUGGUGGAGGGGGGGCGCAUCGACCACGGACAUCACGACGGUAAAGCCAAGCAGGCCCUGUAUGAGGCAGUGGAGAUGGACCGGGCCAUUGGCCACGCCGGCCUUAUGACCAGCAUAUAUGACACAAUGACUGUUGUCACUGCUGACCACUCUCACAUGUUCAACUUUGGAGGCUACACUCCAAGGGGGAACACCAUUUUUGGACUAAAUUCCAUUUUGAGUGAUGUGGACCAGAAGCCCUUCACUGCCAUCUUAUAUGGGAACGGACCAGGGUUCAAAGUAGUCAAUGGUCUGAGAGAGAACGUCUCCACCCUUGACUAUGAGGAAAAUAACUACAAGGCCCAGUCUGCAGUGCCGCUGAGUAUGGAGACUCAUGGAGGAGAGGAUGUGGCUGUGUUUGCUAAGGGCCCUAUGGCUCACCUGCUGCACGGUGUCCACGAGCAGAACUACAUUCCCCAUGUCAUGGCUUAUGCUGCCUGCAUUGGCCAGAACAGAGACCACUGCAUGUCAUCCAGUGGAGCCUAUAGUCUCGGCGCUGCUCUGCCCAGCCUGACAGCUCUCCUCACACUCAUCCGCCUCCUCUGCUGACCUUUCACCCCAACCCCCUCCUGCACUACCCCAACCCUUCUCUUAGUAUACAUGUAAUACUCCCACAUAUUGUUUUCCAGUUGCAAUGCAUAUUUUCUUCUUACCAUUUAUUUUAUUUUUUUCCAUUCUAUAAUGACCACUGCAAGGGCAUUUAAAGUUAGGGUUUUGAGGGUUGGUGUUGUUCAGUCAGAUGUAGUGUUAGGGAAAAUAAGAGGAUAUCACUUUAUUUCUACUGUAACAUAUAGGGUAGGUUGUGUUAUUUUACUUUGGUAUUGAUCACUAUCCAGGUAACACCGAAACUAUGUGAAGAAUUCUGUCAUAUCAGUUGGUUUAAGAGAAGGGUAUAUCUCUGAAUUUAUAUCAAUCAUUGUAUGGGGUAAAUAACCUCCCAGUAUUAAUGACAAAGCAAUGUUGCUGCUCACCUAUAUAUUUGUUGUCUGUCAAUUCCAUGACUAUGGAUUAGUCAACUUUUCAAAGAAGCCAGUUCCUUUUGAAAAUUAGAAACCUAAUGCAGGGGAGAGCGAGGUAUGUUGUCACACUUUUCACACUCUCUAACAUUUACUGGGCACAAUACAUCACAAUCUUAUAAAUGUCAUACCAAAUGAAAGAAGGAAGUCUUGGGCG